GUGUGCAAUCACACAUAAUUUAUUAAUAGUUAAUGAAAAAAGAUGGACCCCCUUGUGAUGAUGGGAAAUGUUUUCGAUGAAUAUUGCAACGAAUUUACGGCAGAGUACAAAGGUCGUAUAAUUAAGGUUCUUUAUACGGAAAAUGGUGUUGAUAUUCAAUAUCGGGCCAGGCUCAUGAAAUUGGUUGGAUUUGAGUUCGAAGUUCGUUUAAUAAAAGACAGAAAAUUUGAUAAGGUGGAUUUGAGCAAAAUUGAAAGUAAACGCUUUGGCGAUGAGCUUGAACAACUUGUACGCCGUUUACAAGUGACAUACAAUCGAUUUCGUCAAUAUUUUAAGGUCUUUCAAGCUGCUGCUUAUUCAGAAGAAACUAAUAUUUGGUAUCUCGUUCAACUGAAGGAUGUAUUAUGGUCAUCUGAUCGACCUUGUGAAUUCUUGGUCGAAAAUUGGUAUUCGAAAGAGGAAGAAAUUGUGCUGGCAAGUAAUGUUCGAAGCAAAUUUCAAUUGUGCCGAGAGCUUGGCUGUAGGCAAGCUAUUCCUGAUGACGAAAUAAUCAAUCAUUUGACAAAUGUUCAUAGACGCGAUCUUGAAUACAUUUACAAUCAAUUUGAAGUUGGAGUCUAUAAAAGACGACGACGACCUUUACAUCUCUAUCAGCCACGACGAUUAUUAGACAUUUUUUGAAAGCCAACUAUGUAGCAGUUGUUUUAUGUUUGACAUCGAUCGUAUGUGGUCAUCUAAAG